UUUAGACCUGUUUCUGGUUUUAUCUCAAACUGGUGGUUAGUACUUGUUUUCCUCACUUGGAAUUCGGUCUUCAUUUUUAAUUGUUGGGGAAAAAAAAACAAUCACAAUAAAUCUCUUACGGUACUAGUUUUGGGUGGCAUCACGAUGGUCUUUGUUAGCCGCUUUUGAAUUUUACAAAAUAAAUCGAUCAUUUCCCGCUUGAAGUGUUUCUGUAUCUAAAUGGAAUUAGUUGAGAUUGAAGCGCCUUGUGAAAGGAACAGACAUGGUACAUGGGCACAGUUUGCUUCACGUUGUUGCAAGUCUCCUCAUACUUGGGUUGUCCGGGGCAACAAAGAAAGAAGCAGUAAAAAACAAUUCAGGAGUCCAGCCAGCAGGUCAAUGCGGGACCUGGGUGAAGGAACCAGAAGGGGGGUUGUUCACCUCUCCCAAUUACCCCAACAAAUACCCCCCAGAGCGAGAGUGCAUUUACAUUAUUGAAGCUGCUCCUAAACAGUGCAUUGAUCUCUACUUUGAUGAAAAGUACUCAAUUGAGCCUUCAUGGGAAUGCAAAUUUGAUCAUAUCGAAGUUCGGGAUGGGCCCUUUGGCUUUUCUCCAAUAAUUGGACGUUACUGUGGCCAGCAAAGUCCACCCUACAUCAGAUCCAGCGGCCGAUACCUGUGGAUAAAAUUUGUUGCGGAUGGUGAAUUGGAAGCGACAGGAUUUUCUGCAACAUACAACUUUACUCCAGAUCCUGACUUUAAAGAUCUGGGAGUCCCGAAACCUCUGCCCUUCUGCGAGUUUGAAAUGGGCGGACCUGAAGGCAUCGUUGAGUCCCAGCAAAUCUCCCGGGAUGGUAAAGCCUUGCAAACAGAGGCCGUGGACUGCAAGUGGUACAUCAGGGCCCCACCGCGCUCAAAGAUCUAUCUGCGCUUCCUGGAUUACGAGAUGCAGAACUCGAACGAGUGCAAGCGCAACUUUGUGGCCGUGUACGACGGCAGCAGCUCCGUGGAGGACCUGAAGAGCAAGUUCUGCAGCACGGUGGCAAACGAUGUGAUGCUGGUGUCGCCGCUGGGCGUGAUCCGCAUGUGGGCUGACGAGGGCAGCCGCAGAAGCCGCUUCCAGAUCCUUUUCACCACCUUCCAGGAGCCCCCAUGUGAAGCGGACACCUUCUUCUGCCACAGCAACAUGUGCAUCAACAACUCUCUGGUGUGCAAUGGAGUGCAGAACUGCGUGUAUCCGUGGGACGAGAACCACUGCAAAGAGAAAAGGAAAGCCAACAUCCUGGACAACCUGAACAACACGAAUGGGACAAUAAUCGGGGUCACCUGCUGCAUCGUGAUCAUCCUCCUCAUAGUGUCCGUCAUCGUUCAAAUCAAACAGCCUCGAAAAAAGUACAUAAUCAGGAGGGAGGACUUCGACCCCACCAUGUUCCAGGAGGUCUUCGAGCCGCCCCACUACGAACUGUGCACGCUGCGCAGCGCCGCGGCCCCCGCCGAGCUGGUGGACCUGGCCGACGACCUGGAGAACUACCACAAGCUCAGGCGUUCCUCCUCCAGGUGCAUUCACGACCACCACUGUGGAUCCCACGUGUCCAGCCUCAAGGGUAGCCGCAGCAACCUCAGCGCACGGGACGCCGCCGUCCUGACGGACGUCCAGCCCCAGCCGGUCAGGCCCCUCCUGCCGCCAUCCAACCGCAGGAGCAUCCUGGUGAUGAAGCACAGCUACUCGCAGGACGCCGCCGACGGGUGCGACCUGGACGACGACCUGGAGGAGGUGCCCACCACCAGCCACAGGCUGUCCAGACACGAUAAGGCAGUGCAGCGACUUCUUGAAUAUAGUGCAAUCCUGGAUGAGUACGAACAAGCCGCGAUGAAUUAUGAAAACAUGGACCGGAGAUAUACACCAGCAUGA